AUGUUGUUGCUCAGCAAAAGUGCCAACUGCCAAGUCGGAGGUUUUGCUUUGGCAUCCAUAGCAUGGGUCCUGUGCAGCAUUUCCACAGGCCUCCCACAGUGGCGAGUCUGGUACUUAAAUGAAACAGUGUACACCGAGCGUACCACAGCCUUUGUAGGAAUGUGGAGAGUCUGCAUUUAUCACCAAAACAGCAAAACUGGCAGUGCCAGAGUGUGCCAUGAAUACACCUACCAUGACAGUUUUAUCCCUUUGGAUGUGCGUAUCGUUCAACACUUGUUACUGAUCUCCAACAUGCUCGGAUUGAUUGCAACAGUUGCCACCAUUUUUGCUCUUCGAAAUGUGUAUGCAGGGAAUGCACAGAAGACUGACACCUACAACCCGUUUGUCAUUUCAGCCAUUCUCAACAUCGUUGCCAGUAUCUUUGUCCUCCUUGCUGUCUUAUUCAAUUACUUCUCUGUCAUUCACAAAGCAGGAAUUGCCUUCCCACCAUCUUUCCAUAUGCCGUUAUACCCGCCUAACCAGAGAAUUGGAAUUGCUAAUGUAGUGGCAAGCCUAUGUGCUCUCAUGUUUUUAGGAAGUGGCAUCAUUUUCAUUUCUUACACUUCUCCCAUGGAAAAGCAAGUGUUUCCUGAGAUUUGA